AAAUCCGAACUCCGAAGCCCCUUUCUGCCCGCCUAAUCCAUUAAUCAGACCCCGCCCACUACUAUCCAAGAAGUCGCCGGCGAUGGACCAAUUAGGAUCCCCCGGCGACGGGACGCCGCCAACGGCUUACCGACCGGUGGGACUGACAAGAUACGGCUCCGCGCCUGGAUCAUUCCUCUCGAGCAUAGCCGAUUCGAUCAUCGGCGGCGGUGACGAGGGUUUCCGGGCCGGUGGAUCGGAGGAACCUGUCGGGGGGACCUUCUUCUCCGGCGAUUCAACUUGUAUGACGUCGGAAUCCUGCUGCCACGCUGCUUCCGGCGCGUCGUCAGAUCUGGACCGUUCGAUGAGCGGAGUGGGAAUUUACGGCGGGAGCUAUUCGCCGUUGGAGUAUGGGGGAUGUGAAGAGAUUGCAGGAGGAUCUCAUCUGAUUAGACAUAGUAGUUCGCCAGCGGGGUUCUUCACCAAUGUUUUGGUCGAUUCUGGUCUUUCUCCAAAGGGAACUGGCAACUUCUCUCAAAUAGGUGUAAAUGGUACCCGCAUGAAGAGACAAGGAUUGAGUUCCCAGUGGAGUUUCUCGCAUCAGGACUCCUUAUCACAAAUUUCUGAGGACAGUAUUGUUGAGAUGGGGAAGAAUAUUAAUCAUGGAAACAGCCCAACUGAGGUAUCUGGAAAUUUCAGUUAUACAUACAUCUCAGGCAACACCCUACGUAGCUCUUGGGAUGGCUCCAAUUCCAUCGUCACUGCUCCCAACAAACGAGGCAAGGAUAAUAAUGGAGAUAUAAUGACCAAUUUCAACAACUUGGAAUCUCAGCUCGGCCUCUCUUGCACAUCAAUGGAGAUGGAAGCGGUUGAAAAGUACCUCAAUAUGCAACAAGACCCCGUCCAUCGUGAAUUUAGGGCUAAGCGUGGAUGUGCUAUGCACCCUAGAAGUCUAGCUGAGAGGGAGAGGAGAACAAGAAUUAGCAAAAGAUUGAAGAGACUGCAAGAUCUUGUGCCAAAUAUGGACAAGCAAACAAACACAUCAGACAUGUUGGAUUUGGCAUUGCAUUACAUUAAAGAGUUGCAGAGUCAAGUUCAGAAGCUUAACGAAGAGCGCGCAGAGUGUACGUGUGCAUGCAAGCAAUAGGAAGGUCAGGAAACGCUCCUACUCUUGUGUAUAGGUAGAAACCGGUUUCUGUAGCCGUUUAUCUCUGAAAUUUGAAGAGUGGAUGUUUAAUAAAUUCUUGCAGGAGAUGAAGCUCACAACAAUAUGUAUUUGAAAGUUUAUAGUUUGAUCUUCGUUUCAGGAUAACCUGAUAUGAUAAGAUGAGUUUAAAAUUAUUGGAUUUGCUUUGAAAUUAGUGUGCUUGCAUGUGAAGAAUAUGUAAUAUAUUGAUCUUGCACUAAUCUCAAAGCAAAUUUACUAAUUUUAAAAUUCACUAAGUUUGAUAAAUGAAUAAUGUAUUUUUUUCUACUGAGAAGUCAAUGGGUGUAUAUUGUAAAAUAUUCAAACUGUAUGUGCAGACAAAAAUCUAUAAAAAUUUGUUCAGGAUACUGACAGAAUUUUAUAUCA